CCUAGCGCACGCUCGGUUUCCGGGGGAGGAGGGCGGCGAAGGACCUGCGCGCGACGGUUCUCACUACUGCUAUGGAGGCGUUGGCUAUGGGGGUCCGGGCACUGGGGCUCUUGCGGGUCGCACCCGGUGGCGGGGUCAGCCGGAGAUUUAUAGUAACAUCGCCAGCUUCUCAGCUGUCACCGACAGAAUUGACAGAAAUGCGGAAUGAUCUCUUUAAUAAAGAGAAAGCCAGGCAGUUAUCUUUAACUCCCCGAACUGAGAAGAUAGAAGUUAAACAUGUUGGGAAAACUGACCCUGGUACUAUCUUCAUGAUGAAUAAAAACAUUUCAACUCCCUACAAUUGUGCCAUGCACUUAAGUGAGUGGUACUGCAGGAAGUCCAUUCUGGCUCUGGUGGAUGGACAGCCUUGGGACAUGUAUAAGCCUUUAACAAAGUCCUGUGAAAUUCAAUUUCUUACUUUUAAAGAUCGUGAUCCAGGAGAAGUGAAUAAGGCUUAUUGGCGUUCUUGUGCUAUGAUGAUGGGCUGUGUGAUAGAGAGGGCAUUCAAAGAUGAAUAUAUGGUCAAUUUGGUCAGAGCUCCAGAAGUUCCUGUAAUUUCUGGUGCCUUCUGUUACGACGUAGUUUUGGAUAGCAGACUUGAUGAGUGGAUACCAACAAAAGAGAACUUACGUUCCUUUACAAAGGACGCUCAUGUUUUAAUUUAUAAAGAUCUUCCAUUUGAAACUCUGGAAGUUGACGCAAAAGUGGCAUUGGAAAUAUUUCAACACAACAAAUACAAAUUAGAUUUCACUGAAGAGAAGGCAUCUCAGAACCCUGAGAGAAUAGUCAAGCUACACAGAAUAGGUGACUUCAUUGAUGUGAGCGAGGGCCCUCUUAUUCCAAGAACAAGUAUUUGUUUCCAGUAUGAAAUAUCAGCAGUUCACAGUCUUCAACCCACCCAGCCAAGUCUCAUACGAAGAUUCCAGGGUCUGUCUUUACCUGUUCACUUAAGAGCACAUUUUACGAUAUGGGAUAAGCUGUUGGAAAGAUCUCGGAAAAUGGCAGUCAUCUCUCAAGAGGACUUGAUCUCUUGCCUGUGACAUGCCCCACGUUUCUUCGGCACCUCAGGCACUCCCAUGCCUAUCAGACCUACAGACUCCCGGGCUUGUUAUUUUCUGUUCUGUCUUCUCCAUGGUCUGUUAUCAAUUGCAGUUUUGAAUUCUAGGCUAUCUUAUUCUUUGUCUCUAGGCAAGGGAACAUGUUAGCUUCUUCCUAAUGUUGAGAAUUAUGUGGUUAAAAUGUAGAGAGUUAAUCAUAAUGAGUGAUUGUAUUAAGCCCUUCUAUGGUUUCCAGCCGUGAGGAAGGAUAGAUACUGCUUUUCUGCUGGAUGUUAUGCAGUAAUUGCCACUGUUCUUACAAUUUCAGUGCUAGCUCACUCAGUGUUUUAUUUUUCGAUGAACUGUAUAACAGUCAGGAGAAUUUAGAGAUGGAUAAUAAGGAAGAAGUUAUAGAGUAGGGAGUAUGAAAAGCUGUGCUCAUUAUCACUUUAAAUUUUCAUGAAGUAUGCAGAGUAACUAGAAUCAAUGAGGCCAUUUCUAUUUGCAAGUUUACCAGAUACAUUUGUUUUUAUUUUUGAUGAUCAUACCUCACUGCAGCCUUGACCUCCCAGUCUCAGAUAAUUCUCCCACCUCAGCCUCCUGAGUAGCUGAGACUACAGAUGUGCAGCACCACACCUGGCUAAUUUUUAAAUCAAGGUCUCCAUAUGUUGCCCAGUCUGGUCUUGAACUCUGGGUUCAAGCGAUCUACCCACUUUAGUCUCCCAAAGUCCUGGGAUUACAGGUGUGAGCCACUGCACCUAGCCUAGGGGAUUUUUUUUUUUUUUAACGAGAAAAUGCCAGUCAAAUAGGCCAUUGAUCAUGCGGAAAAAUGAAGAAACUUUCAGCUUACACUUAUAUACAUAAAAAAUUAGGUAAAACAUUUCACAAGAAUUACAGAAACCUAUUGAAUUCAUAGCUAAGGAGUUUCAGUGGCAUGAGAAUAUUUUACUGUGCAAUUUAAGUACUUUAUUUAAUUGUAUUAGAAAUCAUGAAUCUACAAUAAACGGCAAAAAGGCUCAAGAGCACACUGAUGAUACAACCCUUCUGAAGAGCUAAAAUGAAGCAUUUGAUUCUAUUCUAUUUUAAUGACGCAAGACCCAUUUUUCUUUACUCUUUAACUCAACAAUUAAAGCAAUGCUCAUUCCUAUUAGUUACUUUUUAAACUUUAAAUUUGUUGUGGACAGAAAUUAAACAUCUAGAAAUAUGUAAAUUCUUUUACUACAACAAACCAGCUUCAAGGUUCUCUAAAAUAUAAUUAUCUACCUCUAAGACUCUAAGGCCAGAUUUCAUGGCCAGGAAGUAGAAAGGUAUAUAAUCUUUAAUGGACUUUUAGUUCAUUUUGCCAGUUAAACAGUAAUUCAGGAAAGAAUUAAACUUUGAGAAUAAAAAUAAUUGUUGAAACAUGAUUUCUUAGAAACCCACCCACUUGCCCUGUUUCCUUCUAUAAACAGAUUCUGUUUGGUAGCAGUGGGGUGGCAUUUGAUAUUAGUGAAAAUUUGAAAUCUUGAGAUUUAGGGAAUAGAGAAUAGUUGAAACAAUCUGUAUUAUUUUUGGUUUUUCUCCUGUGGAUCAAAACUGAACUACAGACUCAUGCUGCGCUCUCUUUGGCGUUCAGGUGAAUUUGUGUUUCUUGUUUAGUUCAGUUUGUGGAUAGAACUGCACUGUGGUAAUACGGCACAGUUUAAAAACAUUUGAACAAAUAAGUUACUUCAGCAAUUCUUAGUGCUCCUGAAAUUCCAGACCAGCCAUUUGUAAAGUAAUUUGCUUAUAACAUUGACAACAAACUUAAUUAGCAAAUAUUUAUUUUUUAAACAGAUCUAAUAUACUUCUUUACAAGUGCAAUGUAUUAGAAAGAGAAAGAUUUUUAUUUAGUCUUCUCCACCAAAUUAAAAACAUUCUCAAAAGAUGAGUCCAGGUGAUACAUUCAGUGGCUGCAAAUGCUUACAUUAGUAUUACUUGGACUCAUCUCAUGAAUUCUAGAAUCAUCAGAAAUCUGGGAGCAGAGAAAAAAUAAGGCACAAUGUGAAAUAUAAAGAAAUAUGAAUGGAAAAGGCAGUUUGUUAUUUCAUAAAAUAUUAACAGGAUCUCUAUUUAAAGAGCUGAUAUUUAAGAGGGAACAGGAGCAGUAGAGAGAGGGGAUUUUUAAUUUUUUUUUUUUUUGCUAUGUUGCAGUAACCAGAAGAAUCUAAAUAACCUUCCUGUAAUGUUUCAAGAUUCAGUGUCAUACAUUUGACUUUAAAGAAAGCACAUGUUACAAAAAAGAAACCAACAUGUAUUCUAUGCUAAGGAAUGGGAGGAUUGGUUGGGGCUUUGAGAUAUGCUUCAGAGAACAAUGUGGGUGGGGAGUUUUUAAAUGAAGUAUCCAACUUGCAUGGCAUUCAGAAAAUUUUUAUCAUAUCACAGACAGUCCCCUGAUUUUAGUAAGACAUGGGAUUUUACACUUUCUCUGAGCAAUUCAAGUUUCCUUCUCAGAAUCUUUUAACUGUUCAACCUAAACUGUACAUGUCAUAAACUAAAAAUUUUAUUGCUUAAAUAUAAAAUGAUUCCUAAAAUAUAGUAGAAAUAUUAUUUUAGGAAUGAAAAUUUUUAGUAAGAUUCAAAAAUUCUUAUUUAAUGUUGUGCUCAAGCAAAAGAUUUUCUAUGUAGGUAAAACAAAUUCCAGUGUGUAAUGCAUCACUUUUCCCUCUGUACUUGGGAGUGUGUAUUAAAGCCUUUCUAUAGUAGAAGGUAGAUAAUCAGAGAUUGAAUUUUGAAAUUCAUUAAUUAAAAUACCUUCUUUUUAUGUAAUUAAAAAUUCAAGUAUAGCAAUUGUAUUUACUUUAGUAGAUGUUUAGAGAAAAACAUAGACUACAAAAAUAAUAAUUGGUUGAAAAUGAAUUUUAAAAAUCAAUACAAAAAUAAAAAUUAUAGAAUUUAAGAGAUCUAUUCUUGGAAAGCUAUCCAAGCUGGCCAUAUUAAAGAAUAAGAUUAUAUACUGAUUCUCUUCUAAGUAAAAUUUUAAACAUAUGUAGUAUAAACCAGAGCUUUGUUAGAUAAAAACCUUCGUUAGUUUAAGAACCUU